UCUUGAGUUGCAACAUCAAACACCGGUGUCGUCAUUCACCGGCGACGUACGUGCACCGCAGGCUCUGUUCCAAAAUAAAUAUUGACGUGAUUGUUGUAUUCAAAUGAAGCGGCUCUGACCGGACAAGGACGGACCAAUCAGAGCUCACGGUGUCAUUACACCUUCUUUUCAGAAAUCAUUCAUAACGCGCCGUUGCGUCAAAUGCGCACGGAGGAGCCGGCUAUAAAUACGGCUGCGCGCAAGGCACAGUUAGACAUUUUCCCAAAAUCAAAGGAAAGACAAGAACUGGGAACCCGACGACUCCAGCUUUUUUCUCACUCUCUUCUGCCUUCCUGACUCUAUUUACAUCCAUCUCUACCAUGGUGUCCGCCGCUGGAUUGUAUGUGAAACACGGCGUGGUGGUGCUCGCGGCUUCGGUACUGCUGUGCUGUGCCCUGCUGCCCACGGGGACGCAAGGGUCCCCGGUGUUAGGGCAUCCGGAGCCGAUCCGAUGUGCGCCGUGCACUCCGGAGAGGAUGAGCCAGUGUCCGGCUGUGGCGCCCGGAUGUGCCGAGCUGCUGCGGGAGUCCGGCUGUGGAUGCUGCCUCGUCUGCGCGCUGAAAGCCGGGGAUCUCUGCGGGAUCUACACGGCGCCCUGCGGCUCCGGACUGAAGUGCACCCCAAGACCCGGCGAACUGCGGCCGCUGCACGCCCUCACCCGUGGACAAGCCGUGUGCACGGAGAGCGCGGAGCCGGAGCCGACCCCCGAACCCCAGAUUCAAGAUCAGGGAGAGCCAGAACCAGAGAUGGACAACACUGCCAUCAUCUCGGACCCCGGCUCCAACCACUACCCCCCCGGUCACAGUAAACCCUACGACCCGAGGCAGGCAGCUGACGCUCAGGAGAGCAUGAAAGCCAAACUCAACGCCAUCCGCAAGAAGCUGGUGGAGCAGGGUCCCUGUCACGUGGAACUGCAAAGAGCCUUGGAAAAAAUCGCCAAAUCCCAGCAGAAGUUGGGAGACAAGUUAACCAGAUUCUACCUCCCCAACUGUGACAAACACGGCUUCUACAAACCCAAACAGUGUGAGUCUUCCCUGGACGGACAGAGGGGGCGAUGUUGGUGUGUGAACUCCUGGAACGGCAAGAAGCUUUUAGGUUCGACUGACCUUCCUGCAGACGCCGAGUGUCCUUGAAGCCACUGAUGCAGAGAAAUCACAAAGAAAAGAAAAAGAAGAAAAAAAGCCACUGAUUUGUUUUUAUUUUUAUUAUUAUUUUCCUUUUUGACAGCUGUUUAUUUAUUGAUCUUGUCCAUGGUGUUUAAUUCAGGUACACUGUCAUCACCCUCUGCUUCCAACAAACACCCGUCCCAAAGAGAAUGAAAAAAAAAUCUUUAAUUGUUUUUUUUUUUCAGAAAAGGAGAUUUUAUUAUUGUAUUUCUUAUACUCCUCAGCCUUAUUUAUUUCAUUGUUACUACAUUUUU